UAUAACAUCUAGUGAAAUGCAAUAUGCCGGGAUAUUACUACAGGCCCGUACUGUUGACACACGGGUAAUAGUUGGUAGAUGGACUCCGUCCGUCUACUCUGGUAUACGCUUAAAGUCUUGUUCAGCUGAAGCCGAUUCGCUGACGCAUUCCAACGAAUUACCAAAACCCGUUACAACGCGUUACACAUGGAACGCACCAACACUUCCAUUUGGGGACAUCGAAUUUGUAGCUACACUGGCUGUAGAUUAUGAAACAUUUUGGACGGUUGUUACAUCUGAGGUGGUCCGCUUAGACGAGACUGUCAUAACCCAAUGUAAGCUAAGUAAAUUAGAAACUUCUAUCACAAUACUUUAUUUUCGAAAUAAAAAAAAACAAACAAAAAUUUAACCUUCUUAUGAAAUAGCCACAAAGUUUUUCUUUUACAAUUAAACUAAAAACAAUUUACAUGUGUUUUUAUAUUUACGGUUUACAAUUAUUAUUA